UGUGCCCUUCACUAACCCACAGGACGACCGGUGAAGCUCAGAAAAUGGCUUACGUUUUGAGACAGAGCUCUAAAAGGGCCUUUGGCCUUUUUGGACAAGCAAGAUUUCUUCACAUGUCACCAGCAGCCUCACAGGUUGCAAUGAGCAAGUUUGAGCAAGACAAGUUCAUUGAUUAUGACAAAAUGGAUUUCAACAUGAAUACGGUGAAAUCAAGACUUGGUCGUCCUCUUACACUUUCCGAAAAGGUUCUCUACAGUCAUUUGGAUGACCCCAAAAAUGAGGUGAUAGAGAGGGGAGAGAGUUACCUGAAGCUGCGUCCAGACAGAGUUGCUAUGCAGGAUGCCACAGCCCAGAUGGCUAUGCUGCAGUUUAUAUCCAGUGGCCUGCCGAAAGUGGCUGUGCCCUCCACCAUUCACUGUGACCAUCUAAUCGAGGCCCAACUUGGAGGUGACAAAGAUUUGUCUCGUGCUAAGGAUGUCAAUAAAGAGGUCUACAAUUUUCUGGCAUCUGCGGGAGCAAAGUAUGGUGUCGGCUUCUGGAAACCUGGCAGUGGUAUUAUCCACCAAAUUGUACUGGAGAACUAUGCCUUUCCUGGCUUGCUGCUUAUUGGAACAGACAGUCACACACCAAAUGGAGGUGGACUUGGUGGAGCAUGUAUCGGAGUGGGAGGAGCUGAUGCUGUAGAUGUCAUGGCAGGGUUACCAUGGGAACUCAAAUGUCCAAAGGUAAUCGGUGUGAAGUUGACUGGAAAACUUAAUGGUUGGACUUCUCCAAAGGAUGUUAUCCUCAAGGUGGCCGGAAUCCUGACGGUCAAGGGAGGCACCGGUGCCAUUGUAGAGUACUUCGGACCUGGUGUGGACUCCAUUUCCUGUACAGGAAUGGGCACAAUUUGUAACAUGGGAGCAGAAAUUGGAGCUACCACCUCAAUGUUUCCUUACAAUCAUCGCAUGCAGGAUUACUUGAGAGCCACAAACAGGGGAGAAAUCGCUGAUCUGGCAAACAACUACAAAGGACUCCUUUCUGCCGAUCCUAACGCCCAGUAUGACCAAGUCAUUGAAAUCAAUCUUGAUACCUUGGAGCCACAUGUAAAUGGUCCGUUUACCCCUGAUUUGGCCCACCCAAUAUCAAAGCUUGGUGAUAUCGCUAAGAAGAACGACUGGCCCAAUGAUAUCCGAGUUGGCCUGAUUGGGAGCUGUACCAACAGUAGUUACGAGGACAUGAGUCGAGCCGCCAGCAUUGCUAAACAAGCCCUGGACAAAGGGAUCAAAUCCAAGAGUGCGUUUACUAUCACUCCAGGGUCCGAGCAAAUUAGGGCAACCAUCGAACGUGACGGACAGGCCGCUAUUCUGAGUGAUAUCGGAGGUGUUGUAUUAGCGAAUGCCUGUGGACCUUGUAUUGGACAGUGGGACAGACAGGAUGUCAAGAAGGGCGAGAAAAACACCAUUGUAACAUCUUACAACAGGAACUUUACCGGCCGGAAUGAUGCCAAUCCUGCCACCCACGCAUUUGUUACGUCUCCAGAGAUAGUGACAGCUUUAGCCAUCGCUGGAGAACUCAGCUUUAACCCAGAGACAGACAGUCUCACAGCAGCUGAUGGGUCAAAGUUCAAGUUGGAGAGCCCCUAUGGUGAUGAACUCCCAUCCAAGGGAUUUGACCCUGGUAUGGAUACUUUCCAGCCUCCACCUGCUGAUGGGUCAAGCCUCAGAGUGGACGUUGACCCUAACAGUAAUCGUCUCCAGUUGUUGUCGCCCUUUGACAAGUGGAAUGGACAGGAUCAUGUCGAUAUGCCAAUCCUUAUCAAGGUAAAAGGAAAGUGUACAACCGACCACAUCAGUGCUGCCGGUCAGUGGCUUAAGUACAGAGGUCAUCUGGACAACAUCUCCAACAACCUCCUAAUUGGUGCCACAAAUGUGGAAAAUGGUGAAAUAAACAGCGUGAAAAACUGUCUUACCGGGGAAUACGGGAGUGUACCCGACACGGCUAGGUAUUACAAGUCCCAGAAGCUGUCCUGGGUGGUUGUUGGAGACGAGAACUAUGGAGAGGGUAGCAGUAGAGAGCACGCUGCUCUUGAGCCUCGACAUCUCGGUGGACGUGCCAUUAUCGUCCGCAGCUUUGCCCGUAUACAUGAAACCAAUCUGAAGAAACAAGGUAUGCUUCCCCUAACCUUUGCCAAUCCAGAUGAUUAUGACAAGAUAAAACCUGAUGACAGAAUUUCUCUCCUUGGACUCAAAGAUCUAGCUCCAGGAAAGCAAGUGGACUGUGAAAUUAAACAUUCUGACGGAUCAGUGGACUCCAUAAAGCUGAACCAGUCCAUGAACGAGGGACAAAUUACGUGGUUCAAGGCUGGCAGUGCUCUCAACAGAAUGGCCGAGUUGAAAUAAAAAUGUGUUGAUUCUGUAUCCCUUAGUGCUAUUUAAAUACUGUGUAUCAAACUCAAGAUAAAACCAAUCACUGAGAGUUUAUGGAAGUGUGCCAAACACUGAUGGCAUAAUAGACAUCAAGGAAACGUUGCCAUAGAUGAAAUAUUGUCAGUGAACUGAACCAGAUAGUUAAGGAAUUAAAUAUAUCUGUUAGUAAAAAUAAACUUGAGGAGUUUAUGUAUAUCUUACUCAUGCAGAUCUAGUGACACUGUCAUUGUUGUUUUCAAAGUUGGUUUUGUGAUUUGUUUUAGUCUUAUUUCAGGCUAAAUCCUGCUGUGAUGAACUAAAUAUUGUAUCAACUUAAGAGAUAAUAAUUUAUGUCAUUGUGUUUACAUUAGGUAAGCCAGUGGUUUUGACUGUUGAUUUCAGUAUACUUAAUAUCAAUGGGUUUAUCAGAGGAAAAAUACAAAUAAAAUAUUUUAUUCGUGACAGUAUUGAUCAUAUCUGAAAAGAAUAAACCAAGAAAUGUAUAUUGGUUUAGAUUGCUACAUUGAUUUUCUUGUUUAAUUCAUGCAUUUGAUUGAAGAAUUCAGCCAAAUAUUUUUAUAUGUUAGAAGUAGACAGCAAUGAUUUAUUGACGAAGUAUUAAAAUCUUAUAAAUAGAUAGAACGUACCUCAUGAUUUUCCGUCUUUAAGAUUUGUAAAUUAAUGCCUGUUUAAAAUCUGGUCUUACUGAAUAUCAGAUUUAUUUAAGUAGAAUUGUUACCACCAGAUCAGUCAUAAUAAACUGAUAAAUCCAAAUUA